AGUAAGCGCUUGUGCAGAGAUCCCGUUCGCAGAGUUCGACAUCAGAUGCUUGGCGAAGUUGAGUGCUUACUUGGAAUCCGGGGAAAGCCAGAGGCGUUCAAGAUGCUGCAUCCUGAAACUCUCAGAGCAUCGUUGAUGUCCGUUGCAUAACGACAUAAUUAAUAACGAAAGCAUGCCGUCAAAUGCCUCAGCUCUAGCUUCCACAGGCAUCGCGGGUUGCAUAUGGAUUCACCGAAACCCUCAGCUCGCUCGUCGGGGAUUCCGGGUAUGCCUCAAUAGGCAAGCGAUGCGCAAGCUCCUAUUGAAGUUAGCACGCUUCGCCAUGCCUUGUCCCGAUUUGCGGGUCUGCACUCCGCUUAAGCGUCGAUUGGUGUCGUACGCGAGCCAAGGCUGGAUCUCCAGUUUUCCAUUCAACGCUGUGAACAGAGUUUCAAGGCGAGUAACGAUGACGGAUAAAUUCCACCGCGACAGCCAGUGGAUGCUCUUGAGUCAUGUUCAUUUUCUUGGAGUCGACGGGAUAUCGGUGUUUCGGGUUGUGGAUUUCGUUUAUCACUGGUUAGCGAUGGACAAGGUCAAGGUGCUGAGGGCUCGCGUAGUCUCCGGCGCUAGACAUCCUGUCAAAGGCUUAGGUUUUACACGGCUUUAGCUACAGUCGGGUGCCAAAAGUCUGUUCGCGACGGCUUUACCCCACCAAAGUUGACCAUAUUCUAUAAUAAAUAUAACAGCCUUUGCUUAUUUAGAUAAUAUAAGAUAAAGAAGUAUAGAAGUGAAUAUCUCUUUCUAAUACUCUCUUAAGUUUUAGCAAUUAAUCUUAAGUUUGUACAGAAUUAGAGGAGGGGUAAAGAGAGACUAGUAAUAAACCCCGCUUAAUCUUCCUUUUUUCUUAGAUAAUCUAUCUUUGCUAUCUUCUCUAU